AUAGAAGAUCGCCUCGCGCAAGUGCCCCCGGUAGACACCUUCCUGCUCUCUGACAAGGCCUUAGAGUUUCUCGCGAAGAGCUCGAAGGAUUCGUUCCAGCUCGAGCAGAAGAAGCCGCUCGAGGUCACGCGCCAGUUUGCUACUUUUGUCGAUCAUACGAACAACCACAUCCAUGCCCAAGUUGACAGAUACAAGAACCAAAUUCGCAAGAACCACCGUCAGGCAUGUAGUCCGCGUCGUGCAUUCAUUGAUAUCGGCGGGCGUGAUGGGCGAGGCUUCACUAUCAACGGGAAGGUUGGCAUUCCUCAGGGUCGCACCGCCAAACUUGCCACCACCGACAGUCUCAGUUUAGCUGGCAAGAGCAUUGGCUCGAUCAAGAUUGUCGGUCGUGAAGACCCUACUCAGGCUGAGAGCCAGCGUGCUCAAAAGGUUCUAGAGAUCCUCCAAGGUCUCAUCAACCUCGAGCACGACAACCCAUGGGUUCAGCUCAUAUUCUUUUCCUCUCCCAGGGACGACUUCCAAUGGCCCUCCGCCUGGACGGAGGAGGCGAAUGAUACGGAUAUUGUCAAAUACUGUGCCAACCGUGUCAGUCGCCCCCUCAAUCCAUCUCAGACGAAAGCUGUGAAGCAAAUGCUCCAGCAGUCAAAUGACAAGCGUCUUACUGUCAUCCAGGGGCCCCCUGGAACCGGUAAGACCACUGUCAUCGCUUCAUUUGUUCAGACUGCCCUUGCCGGUGGACUCUCUGGUAUCUGGCUCAUUGCUCAGUCCAAUGUUGCCGUCAAGAACAUUGCUGAGAAACUCGCUGACUUUGGCCUGACCAAUUGGAAGCUUCUCGUCGCAAAGGAUUUUUUUGAAUACUGGCACGAGCACCUCUAUGCCAACAUUCGGGCCAAUAUCAUCAUAUCGGAGGACUUCAAGGCGCCAAAUUUCUAUCAGGAGCUACGAAACAGCCCGGUUAUUCUCUGUACCCUCUCUAUGCUUUCAUCUGUUGCUCUUCGCAUGCAUGGAGGUUUUAAAGCCGCGCCACUUAGAACCCUCGUCAUCGACGAAGCAUCCCAAAUUGAGAUCGGUGACUACAUACCUCUCUUCACCUCUCACACCUCCAUCCGAAAGGUUUGCUUCAUUGGUGAUGAUAAACAAUUGCCACCCUAUGGUCAGGAUGAUAUCCAGGACCUCAAGAGCAUCUUCGAGGUCAAGCACAUCAAGGACCGUGCCAUUUUCCUGGAUACCCAAUACAGGAUGCCCCCUCAAAUUGGACAGUUCAUAUCUAAAUUUGUGUAUGAUGACCUACUCGAGUCAGAUCCGCAACAUUCCGUCACGAACGAGAGGAUGGCUUGUCAUUUUAUCAACAUUCCCAGCCAGGAACAGUCACAUGGGACUAGUUGGAAGAACGUUGGAGAGUGCCAAACCAUUCUCCACAUCGCUACCAUGCUG